AAACGAGAUCCAGGUGAUUCACAAUAGGCUGCUGGGAAUGGCAGGGAAUUACUAUCACUGGAGGUUUGCCUAGCCCAGGCUCAGAAGAAUCCGUCAGGAGCAAUAAAUAGGGAGAGCUGAUCCCACAGGGUGGCUGAGAGGAUUUCCACAGGCUUCCACAAGCUCUUCUGAGCACAAAUUUCCAGUAGGCAGAAACAGAGACAAAGCUCUGGGAGCGACCUGCAGCACAGCAAAACUUUACAUUUAACUCCCUUUGCUUUAGCUAUAUGAGCAAGUGAAAAUACAAAAUAACUCUCCCAAGCUGGGUGCAUCAGGCAGACCUGGGGCUUCUUAAUUUGGCACCAACAUCCCCCAACAGAUGAUGGAUUAGGAGGGUCAAGUGCUUCCCCUGUCUUACUUCCAGCUGGCUGAAAGCUUGGGACUCUCGUGCCUACAAAACAAAGAAGCCAAAUAUGUUUUGAUUUGGUGGCUGCAUUUGCCUCUGUAGCAGAUUAAUUGUAUAUGAUGUGCACAGAGACUGCUGGAUUUGUAAGGGACUGUUUCAUUCACCUGUUCCCUGCAGUAAUUAGAGCACGUGGAUAAUCACAUCGAGAACUGAGAAGGGCAGGGUGUUAUUUUAAGCCCUCGCGAGGGACCCGCUGGAUUUUUGGCUGGGGGUGCCAUUGGCACACGGCUGAUGAGCUGCUCGUUAGCAAAGCCCAUUAAAAUCGCACCUGGGCAAGGAAACCGGCUGCUGUAUUUGUGCCUGGAGCCGAUAUCAAGAAACUCAGUCUCGAAGGUUUCACCUCUUUCAGCAGCGAACGCGCGCGCGCGCGCUCCCCGCCCGCCCGAAUUCCCCCCAAAAAUUGAGCUGCAGUGCGGUCCCAGCGCCCCCCGGAACCAAAGAGCGCGGCCCGGCUGCCGCCCGGCCCCGCGCGCGGCGGACGGCAGCGGGGGACGGCAGGCGCGGACCCUGCGGCGGGAGCGGGACCGGCCCGGCCCGGCUGACCAUGGCCCACAGCCAGUCUCGGAAGCGGUCACGGAGCAGGAGCAAAAGCAGCUCUCGGAGCAGGCAGGAGAGGAAGGAGAAGAAAAGGAGGAAAAGCAGCAAGGACUCACAGCAGGGCAGCAGCUCUCCUCCAAGGAAGAGGAACGCUGGCUCUCAUGGACACAAGUCGAGCUCGGCAGCAGCCAGGGAAGAGAAGAAGAAGGAAGGAAAGGACAAAAAGAAGAGGAAGGCCAGUACCUCUUCCUCUGAGACAGCAUCUUCAUCCACCAGCUCUUCCUCGUCCUCCUCUUCCUCCAGCCCCUCUUCUGACGACUCCAGUGACAGUGACUCCAAAACAAAGAAGAGCCAACAUGGCAAAAAAAAGCAAGUGAAACAAAAAGACAAGAAAAAGAAGAAGAAGAAGAAGAAGAAGAAAUUAAAAAGGAAAUUAAAAAAGAAGGCAAAGGAAAAGGCUAAGGAGGAGAAAGCCAAGGGAGAAGAGGUGCCUGGCCCCUCGCUGGAGCAGUGGCAGAAGGAAUCAGUGGAGGACUCUGGGCCAGUUUUGACAGAUGAACAGAAAUCCCGGAUCCAGGCUAUGAAGCCAAUGACAAAGGAAGAAUGGGACGCGAGGCAGAGUGUCAUAAGGAGAGUCGUGGAUCCCGAAACAGGGAGAACCAGGCUCAUUAAGGGAGACGGAGAAGUUCUGGAAGAAAUUGUCAGCAAGGAGAGACACAAGGAGAUUAACAAGCAAGCCACACGGGGGGAUGGGCUGGCCUUCCAGGUGAGGACAGGGAUGCUGCAGUGAGUGUGCACCAGCCAGGCCAGGAGCCCAUCCUGUUGCCAGUGCCAGCUCAGGUAGGAGCCUCUGUCUCUGGACCACGCAGACAGCACCAUGUCAACAUGUUCCCCAGGGGCACUUUGCAGCUGCUCUGUAAGUUACUGACUGGGAAGGAGAGUGACUUUAGUGGUCCAUCUCCCACCAAACAGCUUCUCCCCUCCCUCUCCCAGCUGAGGCCAGUGUGGCUGUAAUGCACCUGAGCCCUCUAUGCCCCAAUGCACCUUUGGAUGCUGGAGGAGCUCAGCAGCACCCAGGGGACAGGCUCGAGGGUGCUGAGCACCUCAAAGUGCUGCUGCCCCUCAGCUCCAGGCUUUGGUUGGCAGGAACCAACACUGUGGCCACAAAAUACACAAAUGGCUGCCACUUCUUCCCUUCAGGGGCUGCUUGUGGCCCCUUCCUUGCUGGAUGUGGCUCAUGGGCCCUUCAGGCUCACCAACCCUCCUGCUCAGAGAAGAGCAGCUGUGGCUCUGCUCAGGCUGCAGCUCUCCCCUGCACCCUUAAGUGUCACCCUCCACUGUGCCCCGGGUCUUUUCUCAGCUUUCCUGCAGCUUCAUCUCUGGGGUGGCACUGGGGAGCACUGAGCUGGCACACUGCACUGGGAUGUGUGCAGGUGUGCUUUGUGGAGGAGUGGCUUUACCUUGCUGUCUGCUCCUGCAUGCAACUCAUGUCCCUGCCCCACAGCACAGGCCCUGGGCAGCGUUGGGGCUCUGGACCUCUCAGCCCAUGGCUGCUCUGAAGCAAACAGAGAAGCCUUUCCCCCACUGCAAAGUCCAUAAAUCUACAAACUGUAAAAAAGAAAUGGAGAAAAUGAGUUAAAGGACUAAUAGGACUGAUGUGCACGGAGGGUUUCCACGUUCUGAUCAUCGCUGUAACCCCAUUAAACUGGCGCCUGCUCACGU